AUCUCAUCCACGUAAACGUCGUUCCUGCGACCGCUUCCGCGCGCAAGCGCACUUUGAAUCGCGUGGUGACUUCCGGCUUGAGGGUGAAUGAAGAAUAGUCAGGUGGUGAGUGGAACGUCUCUCUGGGUGUCGGAAUUGAAAACGGACCUGGAGGAUGUUGAUCUCCAAGAACAUGCCCUGGCGGCGGCUGCAGGGCAUUUCCUUCGGGAUGUAUUCGGCUGAAGAGCUCAAGAAAUUAAGUGUUAAAUCCAUUACGAACCCUCGGUACCUGGACAGCCUGGGGAACCCAUCGGCAAACGGCCUGUACGAUUUAGCUUUGGGCCCUGCAGAUUCCAAAGAGGUGUGCUCCACCUGCGUGCAGGACUUCAGCAACUGUUCUGGGCACCUGGGCCACAUUGAGCUCCCACUCACGGUGUAUAACCCUCUCCUCUUCGAUAAGCUGUACCUGCUGCUUCGGGGCUCUUGUUUAAACUGCCACAUGCUGACUUGUCCCCGGGCCGUGAUUCACCUCUUACUCUGCCAGCUGAGGGUUCUGGAAGUCGGGGCCCUACAAGCAGUCUACGAGCUUGAGAGAAUUCUGAACAGGUUUCUGGAAGAAAACGCGGAUCCCUCUGCCUCUGAAAUUCAGGAGGAAUUAGAACAAUACACAACUGAAAUUGUGCAGAACAAUCUCCUGGGGUCCCAGGGCGCACAUGUAAAGAACGUGUGUGAGAGCAAGAGCAAGCUCAUUGGUCUCUUCUGGAAGGCACAUAUGAAUGCUAAGCGCUGUCCCCACUGCAAGACCGGGCGAUCCGUUGUCCGAAAGGAACACAACAGCAAGUUGACUAUCACGUUUCCAGCCAUGGUGCACAGGACAGCUGGCCAGAAGGACUCGGAACCCCUGGGAAUUGAGGAAGCUCAGACGGGAAAACGAGGAUACUUAACACCCACCAGUGCCCGCGAACACCUUUCUGCCCUGUGGAAGAAUGAAGGAUUCUUUCUGAACUACCUUUUUUCGGGAAUGGAUGAUGAUGAUAUGGAGUCCAGAUUCAAUCCCAGUGUGUUCUUUCUAGAUUUCUUGGUGGUGCCGCCCUCCAGGUAUCGCCCAGUCAGUCGCCUAGGAGACCAGAUGUUUACCAAUGGCCAGACGGUGAACUUGCAGGCUGUCAUGAAGGAUGUAGUUCUGAUUCAAAAACUUCUGGCAUUGAUGGCCCAAGAACAGAAGCUGCCAGAGGAAGUGGCCGCACCCACUACAGAUGAGGAAAAAGACUCUUUGAUUGCUAUUGACCAAUCCUUUUUGAGUAUACUUCCAGGCCAGUCCCUCAUAGACAAACUUUACAACAUUUGGAUUCGCCUCCAGAGCCAUGUCAAUAUUGUGUUUGAUAGCGAGAUGGACAAACUAAUGAUGGACAAGUACCCAGGCAUUAGGCAGAUCCUGGAGAAGAAAGAAGGCCUGUUCCGAAAACACAUGAUGGGAAAGCGAGUGGACUACGCUGCGCGCUCAGUCAUCUGCCCAGACAUGUACAUCAACACCAACGAAAUUGGAAUUCCCAUGGUGUUUGCCACAAAACUGACCUACCCGCAGCCAGUUACCCCGUGGAAUGUUCAGGAACUUAGGCAAGCAGUCAUCAACGGCCCCAAUGUGCACCCAGGAGCCUCCAUGGUCAUCAAUGAGGACGGCAGCCGCACAGCCCUGAGCGCUGUGGACAUGACUCAGCGAGAGGCCGUGGCCAAGCAGCUCCUGACCCCAGCCAUGGGGGCACCUAAGCCCCAGGGGACAAAAAUUGUGUGCCGGCAUGUGAAGAAUGGGGACAUUCUGCUACUGAACCGACAGCCCACCCUGCACAGACCCUCCAUCCAGGCCCACCGUGCCCGCAUCCUGCCUGAAGAGAAAGUGCUGCGGCUCCACUAUGCCAACUGCAAGGCCUAUAAUGCCGACUUUGAUGGAGACGAGAUGAAUGCCCAUUUCCCCCAGAGUGAGCUGGGCCGGGCCGAGGCCUACGUCCUGGCCUGCACCGAUCAGCAGUACCUUGUUCCCAAGGAUGGCCAACCAUUGGCGGGACUGAUCCAGGAUCACAUGGUUUCAGGGGCAAGCAUGACUACUCGGGGUUGCUUUUUCACCCGGGAGCAGUAUAUGGAGCUGGUGUACCGAGGACUCACGGACAAAGUGGGGCGCGUGAAGCUCCUUUCUCCUUCCAUCCUGAAGCCCUUUCCGCUGUGGACAGGAAAACAGGUUGUGUCAACGCUGCUCAUAAAUAUAAUCCCAGAGGACCACAUCCCACUGAAUUUAUCUGGAAAGGCAAAAAUCACCGGGAAAGCCUGGGUGAAGGAAACUCCUCGAUCCAUUCCUGGCUUUAACCCUGACUCAAUGUGCGAGUCCCAGGUGAUCAUCAGGGAAGGGGAGCUGCUCUGCGGAGUGCUGGACAAGGCGCACUACGGGAGCUCUGCCUACGGCCUGGUCCACUGCUGCUAUGAGAUCUAUGGAGGCGAGACCAGCGGCAAGGUUCUAACCUGCCUGGCCCGCCUCUUCACUGCCUACCUGCAGCUCUACAGAGGCUUCACGUUGGGCGUGGAAGACAUUUUGGUGAAGCCAAAGGCAGAUGUCAAGAGGCAACGUAUCAUUGAAGAAUCCACCCACUGCGGGCCCCGGGCUGUCAGGGCUGCAUUAAACCUGCCAGAAGCCGCAUCAUAUGAUGAGGUCCGAGGAAAAUGGCAGGAUGCCCAUCUGGGCAAGGACCAGAGGGAUUUUAACAUGAUUGAUCUGAAGUUCAAAGAGGAAGUGAACCAUUACAGCAAUGAGAUUAACAAGGCAUGCAUGCCUUUUGGCCUACACAGACAGUUCCCAGAGAACAGCCUGCAGAUGAUGGUGCAGUCAGGAGCCAAAGGUUCAACCGUGAACACGAUGCAGAUCUCGUGCCUGCUGGGCCAGAUUGAAUUGGAAGGUCGGAGACCCCCACUGAUGGCGUCUGGCAAGUCACUGCCCUGCUUUGAGCCUUAUGAGUUCACCCCCAGGGCUGGUGGCUUUGUCACUGGCAGAUUCCUCACCGGCAUCAAACCUCCUGAGUUUUUCUUCCACUGCAUGGCAGGACGAGAGGGCCUGGUCGACACUGCUGUGAAAACCAGCCGCUCAGGCUAUCUCCAAAGGUGCAUCAUCAAGCACCUGGAGGGACUGGUCGUGCAGUAUGAUCUCACGGUCCGUGACAGUGACGGCAGUGUGGUGCAGUUCCUGUAUGGGGAGGAUGGCCUGGACAUCCCCAAGACACAAUUCCUGCAGCCCAAGCAGUUCCCCUUCCUGGCCAGCAACUACGAGGUGAUAAUGAAAUCACAGCAUCUCCAUGAAGUUUUAUCCAGAGCAGAUCCCAAAAAAGCUCUCCGCCACUUCAGAGCUAUCAAAAAAUGGCAAAGCAAGCACCCCAACACCCUGCUGAGAAGAGGUGCCUUCUUGAGUUAUUCCCAGAAAAUUCAGGAAGCUGUGAAAGCCCUGAAUCUUGAGAGUGAAAACCGCAAUGGCCGCAGCCUCGGGACUCAGGAGAUGCUGAGGAUGUGGUAUGAGUUGGAUGAGGAGAGCCGAAGGAAAUACCAGAAGAAGGCGGCCACUUGUCCUGACCCAAGUCUGUCUGUCUGGCGUCCUGACAUCUACUUUGCGUCAGUGUCAGAAACAUUUGAAACAAAGGUUGAUGACUACGGUCAAGAGUGGGCAGCUCAAACAGAGAAGAGUUAUGAGAAAUCAGAGCUUUCUCUCGACAGGUUGAGGACCUUGCUGCAACUGAAGUGGCAGCGCUCACUGUGCGAGCCGGGCGAGGCCGUGGGCCUGCUGGCUGCCCAGAGCAUCGGAGAGCCCUCCACCCAGAUGACCCUCAACACCUUCCACUUUGCAGGCAGAGGCGAGAUGAACGUCACCCUGGGCAUUCCAAGGUUGCGGGAGAUUCUCAUGGUGGCCAGUGCCAACAUCAAGACGCCCAUGAUGAGCGUGCCUGUGCUCAACACCAAGAAAGCCCUGAAGAAAGUGAAAAGCCUCAAGAAGCAACUCACCAGGGUGUGCUUAGGAGAGGUGUUGCAGAAAAUUGACGUCCAGGAGUCCUUCUGUAUGGAAGAACAACAGAACAAAUUCCGGGUGUACCAGCUGCGGUUUCAGUUCCUGCCACAUGCAUAUUACCAGCAGGAGAAGUGCCUGAGACCCGAGGACAUCCUGCGCUUCAUGGAAACAAGAUUCUUUAAACUUCUGAUGGAAUCCAUCAAAAAGAAGAAUAAUAAAGCAUCAGCCUUCAGGAGCGUAAAUACUCGAAGAGCUACUCAGCGGGAUCUGGACAACGCUGGGGAGUCGAGGAGGAGUCGGGGAGAGCAGGAGGGUGAUGAGGAAGAGGAGGGGCACAUUGUGGAUGCUGAAGCUGAGGAGGGGGACGCCGAUGCCUCUGAUGCCAAACGCAAGGAGAAGCAGGAGGAGGAGGUGGAUUAUGAGAGUGAGGAAGAGGAGGAGAGGGAGGGCGAGGAGAACGACGAUGAAGACAUGCAGGAGGAACGAAAUCCCCACAGGGAAGGUGCUCGAAAGACCCGAGAGCAAGAUGAAGAGGUGGGCUCAGGCGCUGAGGAGGACCCGUCCCUUCCCUCCCUCCUGACGCAGCCCCGGAAACCCACCCACAGCCAGGAGCCCCAGGGGCCCGAGGCCAUGGAGCGCCGGGUCCAGGCUGUGCGUGAGAUCCACUCGUUCAUAGAUGACUACCAGUAUGACACGGAGGAGAGCCUGUGGUGCCAGGUGACAGUGAAGCUCCCUCUGAUGAAGAUCAACUUUGACAUGAGCUCCCUGGUAGUAUCUUUGGCCCAUGGCGCCGUCAUCUAUGCGACCAAGGGCAUCACUCGGUGCCUCCUGAAUGAAACAACCAACAAUAAGAACGAGAAGGAGCUUGUGCUAAACACAGAAGGAAUCAACCUCCCAGAGCUGUUCAAGUAUGCAGAGGUCCUGGAUCUGCGCCGCCUCUACUCCAACGACAUCCACGCCAUGGCCAACACGUACGGCAUCGAGGCCGCGCUGCGGGUGAUCGAGAAGGAGAUCAAGGAUGUGUUUGCCGUGUAUGGCAUCGCGGUCGACCCUCGCCAUCUCUCCCUGGUUGCUGAUUAUAUGUGCUUUGAGGGUGUCUACAAGCCACUGAAUCGCUUUGGGAUCCGGUCAAACUCUUCCCCGCUACAGCAGAUGACAUUUGAAACCAGCUUCCAGUUUCUGAAGCAAGCCACCCUGCUGGGAUCCCACGAUGAGCUGAGGUCUCCUUCUGCCUGUCUUGUGGUUGGGAAGGUUGUCAAGGGCGGGACAGGCCUGUUCGAGCUCAAGCAGCCCCUGAGAUAGCGGCUACCCCGGCACCAUCUGCCCAGCUCCAAGGACCUUCGGUGAAGGCGUGGCCCAGCCUGCCUUCUGCAUGAGAGGACCAGGAGACUGGAAUCCAGGGCAGUUCCAAGUGACAGUACAGAGCAUAGCAGCGACCUUGGGCCUGAAAGCAGUGGGCCUCUGAGCUGGGCCAGCUUCACCUGGAAAGUGACAGAGUUGCUCAUCCUUGCCCCUCCCUGUCUCUGGAUUUUUAUCAAGGUUUACCAAGUCUUCUGAGUCCCCCUGAGAUGGCUGGGGCCUCACCUGUGCUGCAGCAGGCCUCUGUGGCAUAACCCUUAAGGAGAAGUCCUGAUUCACUGAGAAGACCAGGGGGAAGCCAUGCUUUGCUACUGGGGACCCCAGGCACCUCCAGAGUAGAGAAGCGGGGUUCUUUUGCUGUGAGUGGCCAGGGACAACAGACAAGAUUCCUGGGGGCUCCCGAUGAGCAGGAACAUGGAGCCUGCUGCCCAAGGCCUGCUUCUUCCGGCUGCUCCAGCCCCUGGGGGCAGAGUCCACAAAGAGUCCCCAUCAAGACUUCUUCCUUAAGUCAAGUACAGGGUAGCACAGUCCUCCACCCACCCAACCUCUCUGCCUGUCCAGGGUCCUGGCCCUGCCACUGUGUGGCAAGGUGUCCUUCUAGAUCACAUCAGCCCCAAGGCUGGGGGCAGUCGCUCUAGGGCGGCAGCAGUUCACUCCCACACAUAAAACCCAGGUCACUGCUGGGGCGAUUGAACAGGUUGCCUGGCUUUUCUCUGCUGUCAGUUUGGUGCGGAGGCCUAUGUUCCGCCCCAUAUGCCCCGUAGGCCCUGCUUAUGGGAAGGAACACAGGCCUCCAUCCCAGAGGACUGUGCCGCCCUGUUCUUGGUCGUCCACAUUUCCUCUCCCUCUAGCACCAGCAACGCAUUUCCCUGGCAUGGGCAGAAAAGACAGGACUGCCCGGCCACCCAUCGUCUGGGAAGUGAGGAGGGCCUCUGCCCGGCCACCCAUCGUCUGGGAAGUGAGCGCCUCUGCCCGGCCACCCAUCGUCUGGGAAGUGAGGAGUGCCUCUGCCCGGCCGCCCUCUCUGGGAAGAAGUGAGGAGCGCCUCGGCCCGGCCGCCCCGUCUGGGAAGUGAGGAGCCCCUCGGCCCGGCCACCCAUUGUCUGGGAAGUGAGGAGCACCUCUGCCCGGCCGCCCCGUCCGGGAAGAAGUGAGGAGCGCCUCUGCCCGGCCGCCCCGUGUGGGAAGUGAGGAGCGCCUCUGCCCGGCUGCCCCGUCCGGGAAGAAGUGAGGAGCGCCUCUGCCCGGCCGCCCCGUGUGGGAAGUGAGGAGCGCCUCUGCCCGGCCGCCCCGUCCGGGAAGAAGUGAGGAGCGCCUCUGCCCGGCCGCCCCGUCCGGGAAGAAGUGAGGAGCGCCUCUGCCCGGCCGCCCCGUCCGGGAAGAAGUGAGGAGCGCCUCUGCCCGGCCGCCCCGUCCGGGAAGAAGUGAGGAGCGCCUCUGCCCGGCCGCCCCUUCCGGGAAGAAGUGAGGAGCGCCUCUGCCCGGCCGCCCCGUCCGGGAAGAAGUGAGGAGCGCCUCUGCCCGGCCUCCCCGUCCGGGAAGAAGUGAGGAGCGCCUCUGCCCGGCCGCCCCGUCCGGGAAGAAGUGAGGAGCGCCUCUGCCCGGCCACCCCGUCUGGGAAGUGAGGAGCGCCUCUGCCCGGCCACCCAUCGUCUGGGAAGUGAGGAGCCCCUCUGCCCGGCCACCCGUCAUCUGGGAAGUGAGGAGCGCCUCUGCCCGGCCACCCGUCGUCUGGGAAGUGAGGAGCGCCUCUGCUCGGCCGCCCCGUCUGGGAAGAAGUGAGAAGCGUCUCUGCCCAGCCGCCCCGUCUGGGAAGAAGUGAGGAGCGUCUCUGCCCAGCCGCCCCGUCUGAGAAGUGAGGAGCGCCUCUGCCCGACUGCCCCGUCUGGGAAGAAAUGAGGAGCACCUCUUCCCAGCCGCCCCGUCUGGGAAGAAGUGUGGAGCACCUCUGCCCGGCCGCCCCGUCUGGGAAGAAGUGAGGAUCGUCUCUGCCCGGCCGCCCCGUCUGGGAAGUCAGGAGCGCCUCUGCCCGACCGCCCUGUCUGGGAGGUCUACCACGGGGGCCAGAAGCAAUGAGGGGGCUGGACGUGGUGGCUCACGCCUGUGGUCCCAGCACUCUGGGGGGUCGAGGCGGGUUGAUCACUUCAGGCUAGGAGUUCGAGACCAGUCUGGCCAACAUGGCGAAACAUAUGAAAAAUACAACAGAAAAUCCAACCAACCAACCCAGUGACAACAAAACAGGUCUACCCUGGAGUCAUGCUCUAAUUUUUUCUAUUUUCCUCCCUUUCUGAUCCUUUAUCCCACUUUCUUUUUCUUCCUCUUCUCCUUCUUUGUCAAAUAGAGGAUUGAGUUAUCACUGAUCCAUAUAAAGUCCCUUUCUCAUUUAUUUUCUUUAAUUCCCACUCCCCAUUUCUAUUCCCCGUCUUCCCAUGUGCAACCUUCUUAAUAUGUUUGAUACGCAUCUUUUUGUUUGUAUGUAUUUUUAGAAAAUGUUUAUUGUUUUGUGUGCAAAAAAAAAAAAAAAAGACAGAGAGGACUUGUACAAAGGCUUUUGUAAAACCAGAGGCUGCUUCUAUCUUUGUCUACUGUUAUUUCAGCUCAGGGUGGGUAAUAAACAUCACUGGAACUAGCUGUUAGGAAAGAAAAAAAACUUGGGUUUUUUAAAACAAUUUUUUCCCUUGGUUUGCAGUUUCUGCAUCUGGAUUUGAGAACCCAGGGCAGGGAUUUUCUUGGCACAGUCAGGUCUUGGGUCCCUCUUCCUGUUCUUUCUUGUCUGAGGCCUUAGGGGGAAGAGCUCAGCCUCUGCAGCCUCCUCCACCUCUGCCCCUGGCCUACCUCUGCAGUGACCUCCUUCCAGAGCUAGCUGCUGGCCCUGUGGCCAGGAGAAGCACAGGGGAGAAACCUUUUUGCAGAAGCUGUGCUAGCCUUGGUCUGGGGUGGGGAGGCUGCUGCUGUGACCUUAGGGGUAGGGUUGGGGAUCAAGGGAGGCUUUGUCAAGGGAGAGUGACCAUGUUGCUCCCUACAGACAUGCAAUAGGACCCAGCCUGCACUUCCUAGGCCUACGUUGGGGAAAGCCUGACGGAAAUCAGUACCUCCUAACGCGGUCUGCCAGGUUCGCCAAGGCAUGGGCAUAGAGGAAUAUGACAGUUUUGAGGCAGGCAGGAAGGGCCCAGCCUGCAGGGUAAGACAUUCAUUCUUUGAGUUAAAGGGCAUGUUCACUUGAUUUCUACGCACACUAGAAUUGUGAGAGUGUCCUUAAAGGAGAUCACAGAGUAACCUGGUGACUGACACAUGGUGAAUGGAUGACUGUUGGUUCCAUGGGUUCCAUCUCUCCCAGGCACUGAGGGCGCAGAGGCAAAGGAGCAAGCCCUGCAUAUUGGCAGGGCUGUGACCAUCACACUUAGAUCAGACCCCCGACGUGUUUUGGGAUGUGAGGGAUGCCCUUCUGCCCCACCCAUCCACAUGGUUCCUGGGCAGCUCUGUUUCUUUCCUGAUGGAUGAGUAUUAAGACAGCAUGUCUGGUUUUUAAACACAUUUGGGAGCCUGCACAUCCUGAUGAUGAAGGACUCUCACUGUGGUGGCCUUAGGGAAUUGCACUGUCACUUUGGUGGUUCCCUAUGCUCGGAAGCCUCUGAGAGUGGCCUUGGCAGUUUAACAUGGCAGAGGCUUUGGAGUCUUCUUAGGACUGUAAGUGCCCAUUGAGGAUGCAUUUGAGUUUUGGAAAGUAGGCCCAAGUCAAAUCUGAUGGAUGGAUUCAAGGACAUGGACUAAUCUGCAUUGACAUUUUUAAUCAAAAUGUAAUGGAGAGGCUGGGCGCGGUGGCUCACACUUGUAAUCCCAGCACUUUGGGAGGCCGAGGCGGGCGGAUCACGAGGUCAGGAGAUCAAGACCACGGUGAAACCCCGUCUCUACUAAAAAUACAAAAAAUUAGCCGGGCGUGGUGGCGGGCGCCUGUAGUCCCAGCUACUCGGAGAGGCUGAGGCAGGAGAAUGGCGUGAACCUGGGAGGCGGAGCUUGCAGUGAGCCGAAAUUGCGCCACUGCACUCCAGCCUGGGCGACAGAGCGAGACUCCCGUCUCAAAAAAAAAAAAAAAAAAAAAAUGUAAUGGAGAUUGAUCAUUUGGUGGGGUUCACAAACUUUUCAUGAGAGCUGUGAGUUCUUUUUUUGAGAUGGACUUCUGCUCUUGUUACCCAGGCUGAGUGCAAUGGCGCAAUCUCAGCUCCACUGCAACCUCCAACUCCCGGGUUCAAGCGAUUCUCCUGCCUCAGCCUCCCAAGUAGCUGAGAUUACAGGCAUGUGCCACCACGCCUGACUAAUUUUUGUAUUUUUAGUAGAUGGGGUUUCACCAUGUUGGCCAGGCUAGUCUCGAACUCCUAAUCUCAGGUGAUCCGCCUGCCUCCACCUCCCAAAUUGCUGGGAUUACAGGCGUGAGCCACCAUGCCCGGCCUCGACUUAAGCAUUUCAUAGAAAUCCUGAGAUGCCAUUAGCUAGCCACUGUUUGGACAUCCUUCUCACCUUGCCCUUUGGGGUGAUAUCCAUACCUACUUGCUUGCCUCUAACAGUUUUUUUAAUUUGUUUUGUAGAGACAGGGGUUUUGGUUUAUUGCUCAGGCUGGUUUCAAACUCCUGGGCUCAAGCGGUCCUCCACUGUGGCCUCCCAAAGUGCUGGGUGGUGUGAGCCACUGUGCCUGGCCACUUAAUUUUUUUUAGUGUCCCUUUUCUGGGUUCUCAACAGAAACACUGUCAGCAUUCCCAGAGAUAUUCCUGUGAGUCUUUGAAACAUUUUCUAUCCUGCAUUGAGUAAGAAUAAAACCGAGGAAGGGAUGCAGCACCUUGUCUCAUCCCCAGUCUGGAAUUUGAACCUUCUUUUCUCUUCACUUUGCCCUGCCCCCAAAUAAUAUGUACAAAUGUCUGUACCCAUUGAGCACUGACUCCCCAUUCCUUCCACCUCCCCAGCCCCUGGCAACCACGGUUCUACAUUGUGUCUCUGUGAAUUUGACUUCUCUAGGUCCCUCAUACAAGUGGAAAAGUACAGCAUGUCUUUUCGUGACCGGCUUAUUUCACUUAGCAUAAUGUCCUCAAGGUUUAUCCAUGCUGUAGCAUGUGUCAGAAUUGCCUUCUUGCUUGAGGCUGCUGAUACCUCAUCAUGUGUAUAUACCGUAUUUUGUUUAAUCACUCAUCUGUUGGUGGACACUUGAGUUGCCUCCACCUCUUGGCUGUUGCAAAUAACCCUGUGAACAUGGAUAUACAGAUAUCUGAGGCCAGGCCGGGCGUUCACACCUGUAACCCCAGUACGUUGGGAGGCCGAGGCGGGCAGAUCACCUGAGGUCAGGAUUCGAGACCACCCUGGCCAACAUGGCGAAACCCCGUCUCUACUAAAAAUAGAAAAAUUAGCUGGGUGUGGUGGUGCGCGCCUAUAAUCCCAGCUACUCAGGAGGCUGAGGCAGGAGAAUCGCUUGAACUCAGGAGGUGGAGGUUGCAGUGAGCCGAGAUUGUGCCACUGCACUCCAGCCUGGGUGACAGAGUGAGACUCUGUCUCAGAAAAAAGAAAAGUAUCUGAGACCCUGCUUUCCUUUGAAUAUAUACCUAGUAGUGGAAUUGCCGGAUCAUAUGGUAAUUCUUCAAUUUUUCUGUGGGAACUGCUGUCCCAUUUUCCACUGCAGCUACACCAUUUUAUGUUCCCACCGAUGGUGUACAACAAUUUCAAUUUCUCCACAUCCUUGUCCUUGUUAUAGUAGCCACCCUAAUGUGUGUGAGGUGCCAUCUUGUGGUUUGGUGUGGGCUGUGUUUCAAUCAGAUGUUGGGACCCUUAAGUGUUCUGCACCUGUGGAGAGUUAGGAACCACUUAAGGAGUGUCUCUUGCUUGCCAAUCUUAAAAUUUUUAGUUUGCACCUGAAUCAGGGGCUGUAGGAGUCCAGACUGCUCUUGAAAAAGAAAAGACUGGUCGUUAAAGGCUGGUUCAUUGAGUCUUUCAUCGUUGAGUGAUAGCACCUCUGCAGAUGGCUCAGUGGGGCAGCUCCAUACCACAGCCUGCCCUUGUGGUUGUGUAGUUUAGAUAGGCUAGGCCUAAACGCUGCUUUCUUUAAAGCUGAUGGGGAAGCUGGAUCUGCUAUUUUCUACCAGCACUUUUGUGAGAUGGCACAGCCAACACCUGGGCUGGCUUCAGGUGUUGGAAGGUACAAGGCUAGGAGCCAGCAGACUGUCAAUGCUGCCCCAAUAUUCAGGGUGUUUGGAGGGUCCCUGCUUUUCCUUUUGGCUGCUUUGAGGGUUGUCACCUGGCACUAGGGCACUUGAAUCUUUGGACUAGUGGUCUGCAGGCAUGUGAGGAAGCAGCUGACACCCUGCUCUGCCAGUCAUUAGCUUUAGCAAUUAUAUAACACAGAGCAGGGACUUUGCACUCUGAGAUAAACACCCCCGCACCCCAAUCACUUUGUACCAGUCCUGGAACAAGAUUAAACCUGAAUUCCUUCUUGUAAAUUACAGACUUUCUCCCUGACUUUCAUGGUGCUGGUGACUCCAGAUGUGGGAUAGCCUUUGUGGAUACAAUCCCUGGCGGGGGGAAACACUGUGUUUACUUUUUAAUUUUUUUUUAGAGAAAAGGUCUCAUCGUCACCUAGGCUGGAGUGCAGUGGUGCGAUCUUGGCUCACUACAACCUCGACCUCCUGGGCUCAAGUGAUCUUCCUGCCUCAGCCUCCCAAGUAGCUGAGACUAUAGGCCUGAGCCACUGUGCUCAGCCAAAACCACUCUUUUUCACCAUGAUCAGACCUAUGUAACAUUGUGUGUGUGUGUGUUUCUUUCCAUGUUGUAUUAUUUCAUAAGCCAAACUUUCUGAAGUCUUAAUUCCUUUGCAAGCAAUCUCAUUUUCUCAAUAUUUUGAACUGUUUUCCUUUGUCACAGGUUUUGCUUUAUUUUGACUCUAAAGUCAAAAUGUAACAUAGCUUUGCAAGUCAAUUUCUAUCAAUGAAGAUUCCCCUUUGCUACCCCUGUGCCCACUGCUCUAAAUUUUUAUUAAAUUCAAUUUUUAUUAAA